UGUGACACCAUUCCCUGCUGACAACCCCUUUUGGGGAUCAGGAGCAGCAGCUUCUGUCCCCCCUCAUCCUCAGCCUUUGAUUUAUUACUCUCCCAGAUCUCUCCUUUCUCCCCAAUUUUGCUUAUGCUUGAAAAAUUAGGCCUAAGGCAGUCUUACGAACAAAUGUUUUCUACUCACUGAAAGCAAAAAGAAAGCUUCCUAGAAGGUGGUAAGGGAUCUGGAGAGGAGAACAAGCCUCUCUCCUAGACUUCCUUAAGAUCAGCCAUCAGAGCAAACGCACCUCCCCAAUCCCGCCCCCACACAGGAGGCAGAGUUUUUCUUUUGGGCAAACCUUCUUGGGAGGGGAGGUGGCAAAACCUGUUUGAAGAUGAGUUUACCUUCCUUCCACACCCCCCUCCUUGGAGGCAAUGGAAACAGCAGCCCAGACAGAGAAAGGGGGAAAAGAAGUGUUGGGGAGCUGGGAUGACGACUCCAAGUAUUUCCAAGAGACAGGAAGACUUCUGAAGAUGGGAACCAUGCAAGAGGCAGGAGAAAAGGCACCAGCGCUUCCGGACGGGGAGCAUGCAGAAGCCACAGGACUAGGAGCAGCCAAGAGACUUGGGGAACUGGAGCUGAAGGAGGAAUGGCAGGAUGAAGAAUUCCCCCGAUUGCUUUCUGAGGACACUGACCCUUCUGAAGACCCUACCGAACACUCACAGCCAGGUACGUACCCCAGCACGUUAGCCCUUUGUGGCCAGCGCCCUAUGCGUAAGCGUCUUUCUGCCUCAGAGUUGCAGCUGAAUCUGACCGAAGGACCUGGGGAUAAUGGAACGUCUCCCGCCGACUCUGCACCUUCUUCUCCUGGUGGCAGUUCUGACCUGGCAUUAGAUGAACUGGAGACGCCAUCAGACUCGGAGCAGCUGGACAGUGGACAUGAGUUUGAGUGGGAAGAUGAGCUGCCCCGGGCAGAAAGCCUGAGGGCCAGUGAGGCAGCUGAGAGGCUAGGUCGGGGCUGUAUGUGGGACGUGGCUGGAGAAGAUGGUCAUCACUGGAGGGUGUUCCGAACAGGACAGCGAGAACAGCGAGUGGACAUGACUGUCAUCGAACCCUAUAAGAAAGUCCUAUCUCACGGAGGUUACCAUGGUGAUGGCCUCAAUGCUGUCAUCCUCUUUGCUUCCUGUUACCUACCCAGAAGCAGCAUCCCCAACUACACCUACGUCAUGGAACACUUGUUUAGGUACAUGGUGGGAACCCUGGAGCUGCUGGUAGCUGAACAUUAUCUACUUGUUCACUUUAGCGGAGGCACAUGUAGGGCCCAAGUGCCACCUCUGGGAUGGAUCCGGCAGUGGUACCGUACCCUGGACCGAAGGCUCCGGAAAAACCUGCAAGCCCUGGUGGUUGUCCAUGCUACGUGGUAUGUGAAGGCAUUUCUGGCGCUCCUUCGACCCUUCAUUAGUUCCAAAUUCUCACGAAAAAUCCGGUUCUUGGACAGUCUGGGGGCUCUGGCCCAGCUCAUCUCCCUGGAUCAGCUCCACAUCCCUGAAGCUGUCAGACAGCUGGACCAAGAGCUCUGUGGCCCAGGAAGGAGCUAGCACACGACCGGAUGGAGGGUGAAGAUGUUGAUCCACACCUCAAACAUCAGAGCAGCUUUGUAAAUCAUCUCACCCUCAACCUCCGUGCUGCUGGAUCUUCACAUCUCCAUGGGGUGUCGUUGCCACCCCUGCCAUGACCGGGCCUGCAGCAGGGCUUGGAGGCCUGGCACCUCAAUCUGUUGGGCAUAGUGCAGUGAGGGUAAUAACACAACGCAUUCUGGGAAAGUGUGGAGCUCUGCGUUCGCUGUAGAAACAUGGGCCAAGGAACUCUUCGGAUCUCGUUUUCCUCCUGUAGAGGAAGGGGCUGAGCACUCUUCCACCUUGGCCAUUGGAGUAAC